CGGUCUCUGCGCAGGCGCAGAGGCCGGCCUACCGGAGAGUUGGUUGGUGUUUGUUGUCGACUGAGACGGGAGUCGGGGGUAACGUGUAAAGAGGGGCCUUGGGUCCGAGCGGCCCAGGUCUGCGCUCGUAAAUGGAUCCAAGUGAGCCGAGAAAUGUGCUUGAAGUGCCUGAAGGUUCCCAGCGGGGGAGUGUAUCCUCAUCUGCGACUAGACACCCAGAAGUACUGGUUUACCUGGUGAAUGACACUGUUAUUCAGGUUUCUGUGGAGAGUCUGACAGCCCUGACAGCGGGGGAGCUUGCCAGAACUGUUCGGGAAGCACUGCAGUUGCCUGAUCAGGCUCAAGAGAUUUUCUCAUUGUGGCUCAUUUCGCCUUUCUUAGAGCUGCAACUAAAACCCAAGCAUCAUCCCUACAAGGUCAGCCGGCAGUGGCCAGAUCUGCUUUAUCGAUUUACUAAAUGUUCUGUUGAUGAAAUUGUUCAUGAUGAACCAUCAUUGCAGUUUCGAAAGAAUGUGUUCUUUCCCAAAGGCAAGGAGUUACAAAUCGAGGAUGAAGGCAUCCUCCGAUUGUUAUAUGAAGAGGCCAAGUUUAAUAUUCUGGAGGGCCGGUACCCUUACGACAUGGAGGAUUGUCUCAAGCUGGGUGCCCUCACUUGUCGAAUUGAGCUUGGUCCCUUCAAUCAGGACCAGCACAACCUGGCUCUCAUCAGGGAGAAAAUUGAUACGUGUCUUCCCACUCAUCUGUGCAAGAAACACGGUGGGUUCCUGGCAGCAUUCCGGUCCCGAGGAGCCAAGCAGCACGGCUACGAAGAGGAACUCCUGGAGUCCUUCAGGCAGCUAGUGGACGAUGCAGCACGUGAGGAGCCAGAGGCACUAAAGCUACACUACCGAUCAUAUCUGGAAAAGUGUCAUCUGCUACGCUACUAUGGCUCUGCGAUGUUCACUGGGGAGAUUGAUAAACCAGUGCAGAGCUUUCUGCAUCGGAAUGGGCGCAAACUAGUAACCAUCGCAAUCAGUUUGGACGGUGUGUCUGUCAUGGACAGUAAGGAGAAGUGUGUGCUUUUGACCCUGUGUUUUCACGAGCUGUCGUGGGAGUACACGUCCUCGGAGGACGAGGAGUCUGAUGACAUCUUGUGGCUGGAAUUUGAUGGAGAGGAAGGAGGAGCUGUUGUGAACAAGCUUUUGAAGAUCUAUUCCAAACAGGCGGAGCUGAUGAGUGGAAUGAUCGACUACUGCAUUGACUUCAACAACACCUUCGAGGUGUCACCGGUGCAGGACGCCGUUGCUGCAAAGCCACCGAGACCAAAGGAGAAACGCGGCAAACUGAAGAGGCAGAACAGCGUGGUGUGCAAUCGGAUCCAGCAGCUCUCAACCAUAGACUAUGUAGAAGAGGGUCAAGAGAUCAAGCGGGUGAAGCCAAAGAGGGCGGCAUCGUUCUUUACACGUCAGAUAUCCCAGGGUCCAGUCUCUUAUACUGCCGUGGAGGUCACAGAGACUCUGGAACAGGGCUGACCCAAUCUGUGGAGACACAAAGAUUUCCAUGGGAGAGGAGGGAGUGAAUGAUUUGGGUGGGGGUGGGUGGGCUUACGUUCCCAAAGUGGACCAGUGGUAUUUGGGGGUGGGGAAAUGAAACAUUUGCCAACAACCAAAAAAAAAAAUUGGUGGAUUUAGGAGAGCUUGCAGGGUCUGAAUUAUUGCACAGCGCACAACUGUCAUUCAAUGUAUUAAGUGACACCUUCAAGAGGGUCCAUGUAUCCAGAUGUUGCAGUAUUCAGAGGGUCCCAAUCACCCUGUGUUGAACUAGGAGUCUUAGAGGAAUUAUAGGGAGAAAAAAAUGCACAUAUGUAUUUUGUUUAUUUAAGAAAUAUAUGAACUUGAUUGUAGAAAUGUAGCAAUGAUAUGGUGCAGGGGGAUAAAUACUGUCCUUCAACCCCGGUCCUUUCAUUUCUUGGAUAAAUCAAGCCCACUCUGGGGCAAAUGUUUCUUCGCUGGGUUGGGUGCCUCAUGCAAAAAUGAAUUAGUGAAAGCCUCAACUCAUUUGGGCCCCAUGCCCGCAAACUGCACCCAGUCUGGCACUGAUCUAAUCGUCUGUCUGACUGCAUAACUCAUAGAUUGAUGCACUGGUAAAAUACCUUUGGAAUUCUUGGAAUUGAACACAUUGUUGAGGCAGGGUAUAGGGCCUGCUAGCACAAUACAAUUUGUCAGUCUCUGGAAAAGGAGAGGUUUUUAAAAAUAUGUUUGGGUGGGAAGCGCUGGCAGACCUGCUAUUGUAUUCCAGUAUUUUCUGUUUUUCACAUGUGCUCUGUGUGGUUCUUUUUAAUCUGUACUAAAUACAACAUCUGCCUUGGAGUGCUCAGAGAUGGCUGAUGAGAUGGAGCAGCAAGAGGCUACUCCCCAGUGCAAACAGAAACAUGCAUUCAAUGCUAGUAUUUGCUCAUUCAAAGAUGGCUUCUAGUUGCUGAGCUUUCAUUCUUCUUUACAUUCCUGAUCAGUUUUUUGUGGCAGUGGUAACCUGCCUCACUCCCAAUUGAUCAGAACCCUGUAGAGGUCUGUAUCUUAGUGUCCUGAGUUGCAAUCUAAUAUUUUUUUAAAAGAGGGUAGUGGUAUUUCCCAAUCUAAGUUCAGAUCCCUUUCUGUUCUCUUCACAAUAGAAAACUCCAGUCUUUCCUAACUGCACCACCACCACCAAAAAUAAAAAUGUUGAGGCCUUGAAAUGGUGAUCUGAACUUUUGAUGGGUUUCUAUUAAAACAAGGGCAUCAAGACUCUUGUGAGGUACAUCAUUGGUAUUGUCAUUGCAAGGCCCAAAGGUUUAACUGGAACGGAGGGUGGUUUAAAGAUACUGAUUUUGACGUCACAUUCCCAAAACAGUGCCUUCAAUAAUUUUAAACUCAACCAUGUUCUGAACUGUGCUGAUGUGGUGAACAUUCAAUGAAUAUGUAAUCUUCUAUCUUCCUCCCUGAAAUAAAUUCUGACAAUGGAAUGACUGCACUGAAGUGAAUCCAAAGGAAACUGCUGGGUGCAUGUGCAGCAUCUGUUUCUUUUUCUAAUUGCACUACAUAAAGUAACUGAUUCCAGAGUGAUUGAGAAUUUAGGAGAUUUUUCACUUUAUUAUCAGUGGUUGAAUCUAUUUUUUAUGAAGAAACACUUGAUUCUGUUUAGUCAGUUGCUCUUACUAAUUGUUAGUGCACUGUUUUUUUUUAAAAUUCAUACCAAUGUCUUUCUACUAAUGUGAAUUAAAGUUUUCCCUUAUUAUAAACA